GCUCGGCGCUGCGCGGUGAAAAGGUGGCGGGGGGCCGCGCGUGGCCGCUGCUGCGGGGAAAGGGGCGCAGAGCUGCGGGUGUUCCUCCGCUCCGUGAGCAGCGCGCGGUGCUGCAGCCGUGCGGGGCAGCGAGCCCUGAGAAAACACUGCUGUGCCCCGCCGUGCGAGGGCUGAGAUCGGCACUGACGGCAAACGGUACCGAACGUAGCCGCGUAUUUUUUCCUUUCUAGCGGUGUUUUGGCAGUACUCGCGGAUAAUUCUCCUGAAAGAAAAACUCCUCGGGGGUCGCCGCCGCUCCGGCUGCCGGGCAGCACAGCGCGAGCAGCGGCACGCAGCUGCCAUCCGUCCCCCCGGAGGCGCGGGGACAGCCCCGGCGGAGAGCCCCGGCCGCGGCACCGCUUAGAGACGCGCCGCUCUUUUCCAGCGUCAGAGCCCAAAACCGCAGCUGAGGGCCGCCGCGCAGAGGGGAUCCUCCGACGGUCCCCCCGGGUGGAGCUCCGCGAGCGCGGGUCGGGGUCGGGGGGUGCGCGCCGUGGCGCUGCCGCUCCCUCUCGCGGCCGCUCCGAGCGGGCGGGACCCACAGGACCCACCCCGGUCCCAUCCGUGCCCGCGGGCGGGGCGGGACGGAGCCGGCCCCCUCCCCAUCCCCAUCCCUAUCCCCGCCCCGCCCGGGGCCGGGGUCCUCUCCGCGCUCCCUGCGCUGGAGCCGCGUGCGGCAGCGGCGGGGCCGGGGAUUGCCGGACGGACGGCGCUCCUCUGACGGCCCCCCCGCGUGCCGCUCCUCGCGCGUUGCUGUCGCGCCGGGGGCCGCGGGCUGCGGAUGCGGCGGGAGCCCGGGGAGGGGCCGGGAGGGGGCGGCUGCCGGGGGGCUCUCCGGGCACAGCCGCCUGGGAGGGACGCGGCGCUGCGGGGAGCGGGGCCGUGAGGGGCCGGGAGGCGCUCGGCUCUAUGCGGGGCGGCCAUGGAGAAGUUGUACCUGGCGGGGAGCGGCCUGUGGGCCAACGGCUCGCUGGGGAACGGCAGCCUGCAGCCCGAGGACAGGGCGGCCGCCAGGAACGGCACCGCGGACCCCCUGAAGCGGAACGAGGACAUGGCCAAGGUGGAGGUGACCGUGCUCUGCCUCAUCCUCUUCCUCGCCCUGAGCGGCAACCUGUGCGUGCUGCUGGCCAUCCACACCACCCGGCAGAAGCACUCCCGCAUGUACUUCUUCAUGAAGCACCUGAGCAUCGCCGACCUGGUGGUGGCCGUCUUCCAGGUCCUGCCCCAGCUCAUAUGGGACAUCACCUUCAGGUUCUACGGCCCCGACUUCCUUUGCCGGCUGAUCAAGUACUUGCAGGUGGUGGGGAUGUUCGCCUCCACCUACAUGCUCCUGCUGAUGUCCCUGGACCGCUGCUUGGCCAUCUGUCAGCCGCUGCGGUCCCUGCACAGGCGGGCGGACCGGGUCUCCGUCCUGCUCACAUGGCUGCUGUGCCUGCUGGUCAGCAUCCCCCAGAUCCACAUCUUUUCCCUGCGGGAUGUGGGGAACGGAGUGUAUGACUGCUGGGCGGACUUCAUCCAGCCGUGGGGACCCAAAGCCUAUGUCACCUGGAUAACCCUCAUGGUCUACAUCAUCCCAGUGUUGAUGCUGAGCGUCUGCUACGGCCUCAUCAGCUUCAAAAUCUGGCAGAACGUGAAGCUGAAGACGGCCCACGGGCCCCCCGGGGGGCAGAGCUCCACCGCCCGCGGCGGAGCGGCGUUUGCCAGGGUCAGCAGCACGCGGCUCAUCUCCAAAGCCAAGAUCCGGACGGUCAAAAUGACCUUCAUCAUCGUGCUGGCGUUCAUCGUGUGCUGGACGCCCUUCUUCUUCGUGCAGAUGUGGUCGGUGUGGGACACCAACGCUCCGCAGGAAGCCUCCCCCUUCAUCAUCGCCAUGCUGCUGGCCAGCCUCAACAGCUGCUGCAACCCCUGGAUCUACAUGCUGUACACGGGGCACCUGUUCCACGACCUGAUGCGGCGCUUCCUCUGCUGCUCCGCGCGGUACCUGAAGGCGCGGCCGGCCUGCGAGCUCAGCGUGGGCAGGAAGAGCCACUCGUCCUCCUUCGUGCUCAGCUGCCGCAGCAGCAGUCAGCGCAGCCUGGCGCAGCCGCCCGCCACGUGAGGGCACACAGGACCAAGCGCUGGGAAACGCCGGGACUGGGAGAGGGGGUGCUGUGUAAAUAGGUGUACAUACGACUGUGUGGGUGAGCACGGGCAGCGCGCGGCGUCAGGCCGGGCAGCGGCAAGGGGGGGCUCCGUGCUCAGGGCUGUGCGGGGCUGAGCGGCACCUGAGCCCAUUCCCACUGGUUGCUUUAAUACAUGGAGAGUCACCGGAGCCCCUCCUGAACUCCGUGUGGAGUGCAGCUGGGACAGUGCAGGGCACAGGGCUGAGGGUGGGGACUGCGGGCCGGCGGGAGCAAUGCCAGCACGGGAUUAGGGAUCUGUGCAAUAAUUCAUCUGCUGAGUGCGCUCCGGGCUUCUCCUAAGGCAUCUGGGUUACAAUGGGGCUCUGUGGGCUGAGGAGCUGCCGUCGGGUCCGCCGAGGCCAAGCACUUGUUCUGGGUUUGCAGCUGAUAGCGUUUGAUCUUUUCCACCAAUGCAACCUUCUUGCUUUGUAGCGCACAAAGUCAUGCUCACGGCAUGGGUUUUUUAACUGUUAAGGAAUACCUGUAAAUAAAACUUUCUGACCGUGUCC